CAACUUUUUCUUUACAACAGGAUCUAUAUUCCGUCAUGAUCCGAGGACCAGAGCGCACACCCUAUGAAGAUGGCCUCUUCUUCUUUGACUUCCAGCUGUCAGCGGACUACCCGCGUGCACCGCCUCUCUGCCACUAUGUUACUUACUGCUCUGACAAACUAAAUCCUAACCUUUAUGAAGAUGGCAAGGUGUGUGUUUCAUUGCUGGGUACAUGGAAUGGAAAAGGCCCCAGAGGUGUGGACUAGUCAGAGUAACCUUCUGCAGGUCAUCAUAUCCAUUCAAGGGUUGAUCCUGGUAAGUGAGCCAUAUUUCAACGAGGCCGGCUAUGAGCGACAGAAGGGUACCCAGCAAGGGAGAGAACUCUCGAAUGUACAACGAAAUGGUGGUGCUAAAGUUAAUACAAGCCAUGGCUAAGGUUAUUCAAGCACCUCCUGACAUCUUUAAAAAGGAAAUUAUUCAACACUUCCAUAAGAGGGCUUUUAAAUUAGUCCAGAGACUUGAAUGCUGGCUAGAAAUAUCAGAAAACCACAAUGCUUCACAUCCAUUGUCUCCCACAACCCCAACAACUUUCAGGGAGAUAUAUCCAUCAGAUGCUAGUGUUGAAUUGCCGGAAUUCCCACUGAUUCCAGCCUCCAAAGGGUUCUGCAUCACCCUUCGCAAGACACUAAAACAAUUUAAGUCCAUCCUUGAGUCUGUUGGUGUGUGUCGACAGACCAGAAACUCCAGGCCCGAAGACAGUUAUAAAGGUUAUGAAGUAUGGAAGCUGUCAGAGCUGGAAAUAGAAGAUUUUUCCCUUUAG